AUUUUUCAGGACGAAAGAAACCAAAGCAAAGAAGGAGAUCACAGAGCGACCAAAAGCAAAGACAGGGAGCGAAGCAGAGACGGGGAGCUCCCUUUAACUGCGAGCCAGACAGCUGCACGAGACAGAGCCAUCCAACUGAAGAGGAGAGAGAUAGAUGAGGUUUACUACCAGGAAUGUGAAAUGUUCGGCUUUGUAGCAAAGAUGCUGAUAGCAAAGGAUCCAUCCCUGGAGCGUCCCAUCCAGUCCUCGCUGCAGGAGAACCUCCGGGACAUUGGCAAGCGCUGCAUUGAGGCCAUGGAGAAAUUCAUCCAGGAUUAUGACUCCAGAGAACUGUUGCACUAAUUGUUUGAAAACUUUCUGAUGAUUGUAAAAAUGUAAGCUGCUUUUCUUACUUGUGAUAUUUUUAUGUUCACUGCCUGACGACACUGGACUCAAUGCACUUCUCAGUCUCUUGCUGCCCGCCCAGUGACACUGAUCCACCAAGAAAUCGAAGAUUUGAGAAU